GGUGCUGUGACUGCUGCAUGCUGUCGUGAAAACACACUUUUGCAGAGACAGCAACGUCGUUUGAUCGUAGUUUGUGAUGGAUCUGCCGUGUGUACAGUGGCAAGAUUACGUUGCACAGAAAUGGACUGGACUGGAUCCUGACCUGAGGGAAAAUUUUACAUCCCUGCUUGAAAUAGAUGAUAUUUUUAAGUGCGCUUUAAGUCUGACAACCCAACAUGAUCUGGAUUUCGUGCAGUCAGUCUCUGUAGGAUACUCAGUGAAGAAGGACACAGAUGAAGCAGCCAAAUGCAGGGAGAGGGGUAACUCCAGCUUCAAGGCUAGAGACUACAUGGCAGCUACUCUGCACUAUUCACAGGGUAUAUGCUUUGCUCCCCAAAGUUCAGAGCAGCUGUCUCUGUGCUAUGCCAACCGCUCUGCUGCUCUCUACCAUCUGCAGCACUACCAGGAGUGCCUUAAUGAUAUCGAUAGAGCCUUGAAGAGUGGCUAUCCGUCUCAUCUUUCACACAAACUACAGGACCGUCGCUCACUGUGCCUGAGCCACCUCUUUGUACCUGAAAAAAGUGAAGAUGAUGGCAAUCUUGCCUCAAAAACUACUGAAGGGAGAGGCAAAGUUAGGACACCGUCUGUUGGGGCUCUCUCAUUUGGGAUUUGUCCUAAAGUUUUUGUUGGCUACAGUGAAGAAAAAGGUAGACACCUGAUGGCUCUGGAGAGAAUAACAGCAGGGGAGGUGAUCCUUAAUGACAGGCCGUACAGCUGUGUCCUCAUACCGGGAAUGGAGGAGGUGAAGGGCAAGCGAGGAGGAGGGCAGGAUGCACAGAAAAACAUGACCUUUGGAUCAGAGCACAGACGGUGUCACUUGUGUUUGACUGAAACUGUCUGUUCUGUGCCCUGUGAAGGGUGCAGUUACAGCCGAUACUGUUCGUCAGGAUGUCGCCAACAAGCCUGGGAAGAGCAUCACCGCUGGGAGUGUCCAUUGGGAGCAGAUCUGAUGGUGAUGGGUGUGAUGUCACAGCUUGCUCUGAGGGUAAUGUUAAAGACAGGAUUGAAAAAGAUCCAAAUGGCAAGACAGCUAAUCAGAGACCAGCACAAGCGGUAUGAGCCAAGCAGUUUAAACAGUGCAUCCAGUGAUUCUCCGUGUCACUCAGAUCAAUCCAGUCCUCACACCUCAAAUAACAGUGACUCUUAUAUAAAUGUGUUUCACUUGCUGCACCACAUAAACUAUCAGAGCACUAGUCUGCGUUUCCUGUCUGCAGUUACCGUAGCAACACUAUACUUGAAGCUUAGCAAGGCAGGACUUACUCCUUUAUCCUGGAAUGAGUCCUCAUCAGAAAGCUACCAAUCACCAGGCGGGCCAGAUGAGGGAGAUGAAACAGAGGGGAGCUCAGAGCAGUGGCUGCUGGGAAGUGCAGUCCUGAGGCACAUGCUGCAACUGAGGUGUAACGCUCAGGCAAUCAUCACACUGCAAGAUACAGGAUCAGAAAACUCUCCAGUGCGAUCCAUUCAGGAAAUGCGUAUUGCCACAGCAAUAUUCCCAACUCUCAGUCUUCUCAACCACUCCUGCUGUCCGAAUACCAGCCUGGUGUUCAGCACUGGAAGUGCUGCUGAUCCUUGUGCUAGAGAUGAAGCUGCAGACAUCAGUGAAAGUUUAUGUGAAGAUGGACACAAGGCCUGUGGAGUCACUGUGGUGGUCAGAGCAGCUAAAGCUAUCGCUCCUGGACAGGAGAUCUCACACUGUUAUGGUCCUCACAGCAGUAGGAUGGUGCACCAAGAGCGCCAGCGUCUCCUGGCCGAACAAUACUAUUUCCUGUGUCAGUGUGAAGCCUGCAGUCUGCCAGAGGAGGUGGAGCAGGGUAGACAGCAGCAGCCAGGUGCCAGAGGUGGUCCACAUGAGUCUGGACUCCUGUGUUUUAAAUGCAAAGGAGCUCUCAAAAAGAGCUGUAAAAGCAAAGGAAGUGGAUUUACAUGUGUGCUGUCAACCUGUAAUCAUCAUAUGUCUGCGGGGGAAGUGAGUCACAAGCUGAAAGAUGUCAGGGCUGCCCUGGAAAAGGCUGUAGAGCUCAUGGAGAGAGAAGCCCCAGGCGAUGCCCUGCGACUGCUGAAAAGGGCUGAGAGUGAGUCUGGUGUGAUCCUUGCAGACACACACCCACUACAGGGGGAGCUGGCUGAUGCAACUGCCAGAGCUUAUGCUACCAUGGGUGACUGGAAAAAAGCAGCAUUCCAUCUGGAGCGCAGUGCUGUGGCUACUGGCUUCCAGUAUGGAGAAGAUAGCAUUGAACUGGGGCAACAGCUUUUCAAAUUAACUCAGCUACACUUUAAUGGUGGUGCGAGAGGCCUGGCCCUCUCUGUCAUUCCCAAGGUCAGGCGACUCCUCUGCCUUCACUGUGGUCCUCACUGUCCUGAAUUACAAGAGCUGAAAGCCAUGGAGGAUUGUCUGCAAGGGUAGUCUUACAGGAAACCUAUAUAUAUAUAUAUAUACCAAUAUUGUAUUCAGUGAAACUGAUUAAAAUAUGUGGAAUUUUCUGAUUUUGGUCCUUGUGGUAAAUUUAAAAACAGAUUUUAUUUUGCUGUUUGUAAGCACUUGUGUGUGUGUGCAUGUGUGCCAGAAUGUAUCCAUCAAUAAUUUCAAUUUCAUGCUUCGGUGCCAGUCUUGCACUGUGAGACAACUUAUCCACCAGGUGCUUCCAGGUUACGUGUAACUCUGUAAAUUGAACAGAGGUAAACAUAUGUUUUUCUUAAUUGUUUUCGUUUAGACACCCAUAAAGAGAGAUUUCUAAGUGAGUGAAUGAACUUAUAAAGUCUACAAAUAUCCUCAGCUGCUGCAUACACAUAGGUAGUUCCUUGACCUUUAGAUGGCAGCAGUUAUCCACUGAGUAAUUCAAUUUCAUGCUUGAAUGACUGAAAAGUAAGCUGUGGCUUUGACUCUUGAACCUACAGUACACGUCCCUGAAGACAUUCAGCUUUAAAGUUCUUAUAAGUUAUUUCAAUCAAAGCAUUAUGCAUGAAUAAUUGAGAGGUUGGAACAGUGUAUGCUUUAGGGUAAGUUAGUUUGAAAUAAGGAGGUGGGGGGGGACUCAUGAUGAGAAAAAAUACAAAAUCUUGAUCCUGAGGCAUCCAAAUCAGUAUCUGGAGCGCAGCCAGUCUGACAGACGUGGAUACAUGCAAGCAAGUCAAGGUCAAGAAAAAAACACUGCGAGGCAGCUGGUGAGACCAUCUGAGGGGCAGCCUACAUUGAACUCUGAAAGCUCUGAGGGGCAGAUACUUGCUGAUUAUUGUUGUGACAAAGUUGUCAAAGGGACAAAUAAGGUGAAGCCAUUCAUGAACUGCUGGAGCUUAAUUAAUGUCUGAGUUAACAGGACAGAAUAAGACAGUACCAUGGGGAUUAUUCAAAUAAGACUUAGCUCUGCAUUAUCAGAAAAUAGAGAUGAGGGAUAUGUGUAAUACAACCUUGUUUCAAAAAUGGUUGGAAGGGUCUGCUGAAAUGUAGAUUUUUUCUUUUUUUUUAAGGUAGUUUGUGUCUCUAAUGAAAUGCCACCUGACAUCCUGGUGAUUAAAGAGUUGUCCCAGAGAUAUCUCCACCUUAAAAUCUCCAAAUUCUUUGCACUUUUAAAUUGAGAAAGAUUA